AUGAUUCUCCAGUGUCCACAUCGCUUCCUGCGACUUCUCAUCAGGAUUCGGAAUGAUGGAACACAUCGCGAUGAUGUAUUGAUCGAUCUCCAUAUGCGUCUUAUCAAUCUAUGCGGUAGCGUUCCCACGCUAAAUGUGAGUCUGAAGCACCUUAAAUUCUUCUCGCUCCAGUGUCAGAUGGAUUUAUCGACAAUGUGCCCUCGGAUGGGCCUGCUCUUUCCACGCCCAGCUUCUCCACAUCAAGCGGCCUCUGACGGUGUUCGUGGCGGCGGAGCGUGGUGUAUUGAAAGAGCGAGAGGCUUGAAUCUAUAUAGAACCGUGCACUCCGCAGCAGGAGCCGAACCAGAAGAGAAGGUUGAAUCGCAAAAAGUUAGCGUUCAUCACACAAGGACAACAUACCAGAUGGAGGAAGCGGUUGAAGUGUUUUUGAUCUGGAAUGUGGGUAUUCGGGAUAUUGCGCGGCCGAGGCCAACCAGGUACUCAUUGACUUCCGACGGUCGACCAAAGCAUAUUGCCUCAUCAGUACCGAACAAUGCCACAGCCUUGCAGAGUUUGGUAUCUGGCAAGACAGGAGAGGUGAGCGCGGUACACUUUUCCGAGCUUCCAGCCUUCCAGGAUCCAGGGCGCGCGGUUAAUAUUCUAUACUCCGCCGUUGGUAUGCACGGACCUGAUUCCCUGUUCUCAGUGUGUCUAAGGACCAUCAGCCUUUCGCACAAUUCAAUGUCCGAUGCAGAGAAUCGGAAGCCACCCAUGGCAACAGCUAGUCAACAGCGUCGUACAUUCAAACGCAAUGUAGAUCCGUUUCAAUCCGACGCACGAAAAGUCGGGCAGCGCCUUCUUGUGCUGAACUUCUUUCCCAAGUUUAUCGAAAUCAGUAUGAAACUGGCCAGAUGCCUAAUCGCCCUAGCUUCAGCGGAGUCAAUGAACGGAGACUUAAGAUGUCUAUCUUGUCUCCGGCGUUGCUUGACGUCCAACGAGUCUCUCCCGCACAGGGUCGAAAAACUGUCGAAAGCUGCUCGCCACAUUAUCAGCUACAACGUUGCGUCAGUUUCGCCAGCAGAUCGGAAUCCAAAAUCGCGUACAACCAGUCUCUGUGGCCUGAUUCUUACCCAGUUCAAGCUCGUUGGCGGGCUCGGACUGUCGCUACGAAUCUUCUGUCGUCCAUCGCGAUCUGAUGACCAAAGAUGUAAUGCAGUGAAUUCUCCCAUGAGCAUAAUUACAGCGAAAGACAUGCCACAACAUCCAUCUGAUAAUCCAAUUCGGAGUUUCUGGGCGCGCUGGAUCCUGACCAAGCUCAUAGAGAGGCUUUGUGACGGCUUGAGCAGUUUCAAAGAUGUGACGAACUUCUGCACCCAUGAUCCUCUCGUCGACUUGCGAAUAGCAAUAAUCCUUCGUCUGCCCUCACUUGCUUCUAACUGCUCCACAUUAGAUUCAUGCAAGACCAAAUUCGACCGAUUGAUUGUACAUGCGUCGAAGAACGAUAUUUCGCUGCGAGGCAAUGGCGGAAUGACAGGCGCCAUUCUUGUGACAGGCGGCUCUUUCCCUGGCUGGUUUCGAGCUUCGGGAUCAAAUCUAGUCUCCUUCCCCGGCCUGAUUAAAAACGGAUCUACGGGCCGCCCGCAGGACCGCCAUCUGAAUGGCCAACCACAUCAUGAAGGUGUCAUUCAGACACACUCUGACAGCGUCGAUCUAAAACUUGAAGUGUGUGGUGUGCUGAAACUGCGCACUUUAUCUUUGGGCUUCCUGUAG